AUGCAAGCACGCGCCGCUGAUCGGGCCGAGGAUGUCAGCAGUCGCGCCAGUGGCAGUGUGCGCAGCGGACACGUUCAACGCGGGAUGAUUAACGGCACUGGCGGCAGCACGCUCGCCCACCCUCCGCUCGAGUGGGUCGCCUGUCUAGGUUGCUUGAAGAGCCAUCCAGUCCUCUUCCCCUCCACCGAACCAUGGGAUAACCUCUACAUCACGACGUGCUGCCAUGUUCUGUGUGCGCGCUGUGCGUUCAGCGGAUACGCCAGCGAGAUUGCGACGGCCACGGCCAGCGCUCAUCACCAGCCCGCCCCGAGGGAUCCUCCAUCGACCGCAACGCUCGAAACCCUUUUUUUAGGCUGUGCAAUCUGCUCGUUGGAUACUCAGUUCAUGCUCCUCGACGAGAACGUUCCUGAUGAGCUCGCCCCUUGCUUCCGACCGCUCGUCCGCACGCUCGAAGAACUUUCCGCUGCGACGAAUUGGCAAGUCGACCACCUCGCGCUGCAGGUAGCUUGGCUCCGACACAAAUGCGAGAGGCAGAAGGGAAACUUGACCAAGCUGGUUCAAGAGCUCAAGAGAAUCAAGGGGGAGCUAGGGUCAGUGUUCAUACGCCAGGGACAUGUUAAUCUGCCACAAUGAGGAAAAAUGCUGACUCGAGCGAUCCGAACGUGCAGAAAAUUUCGAGAGCUGGAACAAGAGAAUGAGCGGUUACGGGCUCUAGUGGACUCGCGCGAGCCGCGACACGAACACGAAUUUCGCCUACCCCACAGGCCCAUGGGGCUUCAUCCUCCAUCUGAUCCGAGAUACGAUCAAUUGACUCUCCACGACGCCCAGCCUGAUCAUGCCAUCACUCGCCGCGAAGCCCCCGACAGUCCUGCCCGGCCCCCAUCGGUAGCCGCUCUCCCAGCUGCUCCGUCACGAUAUUCCCUCCCGGCGACUCUCAAAAAGCAAAGCCACGAGUGGUCGGGACCGCGCUCGAGAACUCCAUCCAUCGCAGCCCGAUCCCCUCUACAUCGCUCGGCUUCCGUUAGCACCAAGUCCCCACGCCAACGACCUUACCCUCGACCCCAGACGUCACCCCAUCAAACCCUCGCAACUCGCCCCGCUUCUGCGCAGUCGACACUUCGCACAUCGCCGUGGCUACAUCCUGCGGCGACACCUCCACCUCUGCGUGCUUCGACCGCACAGGGGCAUCGACAACACUUUGAACCCCUUCACGCUGCUCAGUACCGUGCUCGACAGGAACAAGCCGGCUUGGGCAAAAUCGACGAGGAAAAUACAGGCUUGAGAGCGACCGAGCCGCAGUGGGAACGGUUCCGCCCCCCACCCCCACCGUUCAGCGGAACGAGGAGUGGAUCAGUUAUAUUGCCACACAUCGAGACGGGCACUGUGAGGGUGUCAACACCAAGACAACCGUUCGUACCAUGUCCCGCGAGUGCAUCCCGGAGAACCGAUAAUGGGGAUACAAGGGUGCAGAGUCUGCCCAGGGGUUUCCAGACAGCGAGGGAUCUGCAUCGGUUAGGUUGA